AUGGUGCUGCUGACAUACAUCAAGGCAGCGACCACGGCGGUGCAGACGCCCGAGCUCACCCUGGCCGAGAGCCUGGCGUACCACGAGGACAAAGCGCGCUUCCUCGGCCAGCAUCCGUCGUACCGCGAUGCGUCACUCAGCGCGCUGCGCAAGCGCGAGUUUGCGCGCCUGCGCUCGUCGGUGUACCUCGACUACACGGGCGCGUCGCUCUAUCCGUCCUCGCUGAUCCGGUCGCACCAGCGCUGGCUGCUGCGCAGCGUCGCGGGCAACCCGCACUCGGACUCGCCUGCGUCUCUGCUGAGCACCGGCGCGAUGGAAGAAGCGCGCAAGGCCGUUUUGCACUUCUUUGACGCGGACGAGGCCGUGUACGAUGUCGUGUGGACCGCCAAUGCAAGCGGCGGAUUUCGUGUGGUCGGCGAGGCGUAUGAUUGGGCUGGGAAGAAGGCGGUCAUCCCGCGCGAUGCGCACAACUCGUUGAACGGCGUGCUCAGGCAGGCGCGCCGAGGUGGCGGCUGUGCAGAGCUGGUCGAGUUCGAUGCUGCAACCUCGGAAGGUGGGGUGAUGGAUAUGAUCUCCCGCCAGGCGUACGUCGACAUCCUCUCUAAACCCUCUUCCGACGAAGCCAAGAAUGGGAAAGGUCUCGCGUUCUUCACAGGCCAAAGCAACAUCACGGGCGCCAAACUCGACCUGUCCCUCCUACCGCUCGCCAGAUCCCUCGGCUGGCACACGGCUCUCGACGCAGCUGCCCUAGCCCCCUCCACACGCAUCUCGCUCCGCAGCCUGCACAACAGCGUCGACUUUAUGUUUGUCUCGCUCUACAAGAUCUGCGGCUACCCCACCGGCCUCGGCGCCCUCCUGCUGCGCAAAGACCGCUACGCCGAUAUGAACCAGAAAGCCACGUUCUACGGCGGCAACAUCAAGGGCAUCACGAUGGACUCGUUCGACUUUACCCUCGUGGAAGGGCCGGAGCGCUUCGAGGAUGGCACGCCCAACUUUGCGAGUAUGAUGGCGGUCAAGGAGGGGUUGGAGUUUGCGGGGCGGUGGAUGGGGAGGGUGGCGGUGAGGAAUGGCGAGCUGAUUAAGUGGUUGGUGAGCGAGCUCGAGGCGAUCUACUACCCGGAGGAGGUUGCAGGGGAGGAUGGCGGUGAGAAAGAGAAAAGAUCUUUGUCUUUUUCGUCGACGUCCUCCUCCUGCACUCGACGCACUGCUGCAGGAGGAGCAGUCAAGCUCAUCCGCAUCGGUGGAGCUCCCACUCCGCGCGGCAGCACCCUGCCCCUGGUCUUCAGCUCGCCCACCGGCCACGCGCUCAACUACCGCUUCGUCAUCUGGGCCGCUGCACGCCUGGGCAUCUCCCUGCGCGGCGGGCCCUGCAUGUGCAACCCCGGCGCUUCCUCGAGCGUCAUGCACCGCGGCCUCAUCACCGACCUCGACGCUUCCACCCUGCUCGCAGAGGCCGACGUCGGCAUCGUCCGCGUCAGCCUCGGCGUCGCCACCAACUUCAAGGACGUCUGGCGCUUUGUGCACUUUGCAAAGUUGUUGACCGUCCAGCAGUGGAGGAUGGACAUGUGGCGCAAGUUCGAGCAGGUCUAUCCGGGGAAAGAGUUGAGUUGUGAUAUCGACGAGUUGCAGGCCAGGGCUACGAGGAAGAGGUAG